AUGGCAAAAACUGCGUCAGUUAGCACCUUCCGCUUCCUCCCUUUCACCCUUCUUCUUCUUCUCCCUGGGCUCUUCCGGCUCUCCGCUGCAAUAUACACGCCAAUUCGUGAAUACUCCGGUAACGAAUUCUUUUCAGAGUGGGAUUAUUACGGAGAUAUCGAUAAUACGACUUGGGGUAACGUGGACUACGUCGAUCAAAGCACUGGAGCCUCGCAGCGGCUGACUUACAUCGACCCAAACACCAACCAUGCGAUAAUACGGGUGGAUAAUACGACGAAUAUAACGGCUGCUGCGACGGUGAACAGGAAUUCGGUCAAGAUCACUACAAAGGACGCCUAUCCUAUCGGCAGUCUCGUCAUUAUUGACACCUGGCACAUACCCUACGGCUGUUCCGUCUGGCCUUCAUUCUGGAUGCUCGGCACCAACCUCCUCUGGCCGAAUUCCGGCGAAAUCGACAUCAUCGAAGCCAUCAACAACCUCGAUUCAAACCAAUACGCCCUCCACACCACCUCUGGAUGUUUCCUAGGCACGAACUCGAUACAAUCAGGGAGCAUUCUCCAAACGAAUUGCUCUACGGGCGCAGGGUGUGUGGUACAAGAAAAGAAACCGAACAGUUUUGGAAGUGGGUUUGCGCAGGCUGGCGGAGGUGUGUUUGCGACGCAGUUGGACGUUAGUGGGAUCUAUAUGUGGUUUUGGCCGCGCGGGAGUCUCCCGGCAUCGAUAUCUCAGGCCAAUAGUUCCUCGACCAUGAACCUGGCUGAUUGGGGUACACCUACCGCCGCGUAUCUAUCCAACGCCUGUAAUAUCACGCAAUACUUCCAGCCUCAACAGCUCAUUAUCGAUAUCACUCUUUGUGGCGUGUGGGCCGGCGUUCCGUCGAUCUAUAACUCUACAGGAUGUUCGGGACAAUGCAUUGACAACGUCAUCGGCACCGGAAAUCCCAUUUAUAAUAACGCAUACUGGGAUAUCGCCUACAUACGAACUUACCUCGCUACUGCCACCACAACUGUUACUACGGGGAACACGUCGGUCUCCCCAGCAUCAUUGACCUCGGCUUCACCAGCAUCGGCUUCUACGUCGUCGAGUAGCGGGGCUAACGAUGCAAAUGCUAACACUGCUACAGCCGCUUCUACACUUGUUCAUAGCUUAUCGUGGUCAUCGUGGUUAUGUGUUUUGGUUCUACUUGGUGUCUUGAGGUUCUGUUAA